AACCACCGCCUGAAGAGUGACGUCAUUUCUACCGACGCGUCUGUGCGUGUGCGCACGCGCAGAGUCACAUCCAUAGUGGACAUCUUGGAAUUAAAGGGGCUCCGAAGGAAUCCUCACAAAAGCAACGAUUUCAGUGUUCGGAUGGGUGUCGGCCGUCGCUCGCUUCAGUCGUGUGUUUUGUUUCCUGAGUGUCGCUGAGGCUGGAGUCGUUUCAUCAUCAUUGGUGCUGACGGCCGCUCCUCUGCUAGAUCAUGUCCACGAUGGUGUACCCUCGUGAUGAGAAGCUGGAGAAGUUAUCGCAGGAGGAGAUCAUCUCCAACACCAAGCUGGUGAUCCAGGGGCUGGAGGCUCUGAAGAAUGAGCACAACUCCAUCCUGCACAGCCUCCUGGAGACCAUCAAGUGCCUGAAGAAGGACGAGGAGGCCAAUGUGGUGCACGAGAAGUCCAACCUGCUCCGGAAGUCUGUGGAGAUGAUUGAGCUGGGGCUGGGUGAGGCUCAGGUUAUGAUGGCUCUGUCUAACCAUCUGAACGCGGUGGAGUCGGAGAAGCAGAAACUGCGCGCUCAGGUGCGGCGACUCUGUCAGGAAAACCAGUGGCUUCGGGACGAGCUGGCCAACACACAGCAGAAGCUGCAGAAGAGUGAGCAGAACGUGGCACAGCUGGAGGAGGAGAAGAAACACCUGGAGUUCAUGAACCAGCUCAAGAAGUACGACGAAGACGUGUCGCCUUCGGAGGAGAAAGAUGGUGAGCCGCCCAAGGACUCUCUAGACGAUCUCUUUCCCAACGACGAGGAGGAGCACACUCAAGGAAUGCAGCACCAGCACAACAGCGCCGCCGUAGCAGCCGCACAGCAGGGCGGAUACGAAAUCCCGGCUCGCCUCCGAACCCUCCACAACCUGGUGAUUCAGUACGCAUCUCAGGGCCGGUACGAGGUGGCCGUGCCGCUCUGCAAACAGGCUCUGGAGGACCUGGAGAAAACCUCCGGACACGACCACCCCGACGUGGCCACCAUGCUCAACAUCCUGGCACUGGUGUACAGGGAUCAGAAUAAAUAUAAAGAGGCUGCUCACCUGCUGAACGACGCUCUCUCCAUCAGAGAGAAAACACUCGGGAAAGACCAUCCUGCUGUUGCAGCCACUCUCAAUAAUCUGGCUGUGCUGUACGGGAAGAGAGGCAAGUACAAGGAGGCCGAGCCGCUGUGUAAAAGAGCCCUGGAGAUUCGAGAGAAGGUGUUGGGGAAGGAUCAUCCUGAUGUGGCGAAGCAGCUGAAUAAUCUGGCACUGUUGUGUCAGAAUCAGGGCAAGUAUGAGGAAGUGGAGUAUUAUUACUGCAGAGCUCUGGAGAUCUACGAGUGCCGGCUCGGUCCAGACGACCCCAACGUGGCCAAAACCAAGAACAACCUGGCGUCCUGCUUUCUCAAGCAGGGCAAAUACAAAGAAGCCGAGGUUCUGUACAAAGAGAUUCUGACCCGCGCUCAUGAGAAGGAGUUUGGAUCGGUGGAUGCUGAAAACAAGCCCAUCUGGAUGCAUGCGGAGGAGAGAGAGGAGAUGAGCAAGGGGAAGCACAGAGACAACACGCCGUACGGAGAAUACGGAGGCUGGUACAAAGCCUGUAAAGUCAACAGUCCGACGGUCAAUACGACCCUGAGGAAUCUGGGCGCUCUGUACCGCAGACAGGGCAAGAUGGAGGCGGCGGAGACACUGGAGGAGUGCGCCAUGAGAUCCCGCAAACAGAGCAACUCCGGUCUGGACCCCGUCCAUCAGACGCGUGUGGUGGAGAUCCUGAAGGAGGGCGACGGCAGUGAGCGCCGGCGCAGCAGAGACAGUCUGUCUAGCGUAAAGUACGAGAGCGGCUCUGAGGGCGGCGAUGAAGUGAGUAUGGCUGUAGAGUGGAGCGGGGAUGGCAGCGGCGCAAUGCAGCGCAGCGGCUCCAUUGGGCGGCUCAGAGAUGUGUUGCGCCGGAGCAGCGAGAUGCUGGUGAAGAAGCUGCAGGGCCAAGGACCUCCAGAUACGCACAACAACACAAUGAAACGUGCCGCUUCACUCAACUUCCUGAACAAGACGGGUGACGAGUCAUACCAGAAUCUGGGCGGCAGGCGGCUGAGAGACAGUCGAGGUUUGAGCUCCAGUAAUGUGGAUCUGUACAACAGCAGUUAAAUCUGUCCACGACGAAACACUGCGCUGCUCACACACACACACACACACACACACACACACACACACACACACACACACACACUCAAAGCUUGAGACACUCCAAAACUACUCUCACCCUGAAAUGUUCCAGCAUGGCCUCAUGACAGCCACUGUUACACUACAAAGCCAUAAAAUAAACCCUAGACAGGAGACGGAGCCUUCUGGGUGAUCGGGAACUGCUGCUGCUUUGGUUACAAUGACUACUUAUGAUUCAGAAACUGCAAACACUAGAGUCACACUAUAGAUGUCUUGUUUACAUGGACGCCUGUUAGAGAUUUCUCUGUUACGGAGCUUCACUGGAAAUUAUGUUUUAUAGAUUUGCUUGUCUUUAGAGCUCAUUUAUGGGUUUUGCUGAUGUGAGCUGAUAUCUUUUUGUCUCAGAGGGAAUGAAGCCAUUUAAUUCUUUUCAUCUGGGUUUCGGUUUAUAGGGUAUUUUAAAACUCAUUAAGAAAAACAGAGUAGAAGAGAAUUUGCAGUGCUGAAAUAAUGAAGAUCACACAUAAUAAUCAGUACUGCUUCAGCUCUGUGCGGAGGAUGUUUAAAAUGCCGUCUGUUCUCAGGGGACACACACUCUUAAUGCUCAGACUGACGCUGCAUCUCAGAAAGGUCAAUAUAUCAUGAAUAAUCAGCUCAUAUUUUUAUAAUGUGCAGCACAGAUAUCAGGUUAUAUCUAAAGAAACUAGGUAAUCUGUAAAUGUGCAAGAGUAUACAUAAAACCACUAAAUUAUGUCACCUUGAAUCAUAUUUUGCUAUGUUUGUAUUUCCAGAUGCUUUAUGCACAGGGCAUCACUUCAUCAAAGAUGUCCCUGGUUUUAAACAGUACACUGUAUAGAAAGUUGGUAGCAGGGUAAAUUUAUAUAUAUAUUUGAGUAAGUGUGGGUUAUUGCAUGAAUAUUAUCUUUAUAUAUCAACUAAUUCAGGUUUCUUUGUUGUGCUAAUGCUGUCAGUUUCUAGUCCAAGUGCUUGAAUAAUGAAACACUGAGUCCAAAAUCAUUAAAGUUGUUACAGGACCUCAUGCUGACAAAUGAAUGUUUAUGGAUUAGUUUUUUUAUGGUGUAAAUAUUAUGGAUGAUCCUCUCAGUUUGUAAAUGUAUUUUAGAAAGAGCAAAAUAAACACUGAGGAUCCUGCUGAUUUUAUAUGGGAGAAAAUGCCUGUUACUUUGACAUGAUCAUCUGAGAUUAUGAUAUUAGUGAUAUACGCCGCUGCAUACUGUGUGACUGAACUGUUCUCUUUGCCAUCAAACCACUUUUUUUUGUUGAAAUUGUAAACCAAAGCUGUCAUCUCACCCGUGGGGAUGAGAAAUUAUGUUCUUUUAAAUAUUUCUGAUAUUUGUGUCUGACCUGGGGUCAUAUUGGUUCUUGAGGAGGUUGUUAAUCUAUAAUCUUUGUUACUAUUCAUGUCAUUUACUUGUUGCCAUUAAUGCCAUUUGCUUCUGUAAUGCCCAAAUGGUUUGAGGAAAUAAUGUUCUCAAGACAAUAAUAAAUUGUGCCAAAUUUUA